UAUUCCCAGUCUAUAUUCAUCGCUCUAAAAAAAAUUUUAUGUAAUAAACAAGCUCGUGAAAAAAAGUUGGAUCGGACUAGAUAACUUACGGUAACAAAAUUCUGCCUUAAUAUACGGAUAACGAAGCAUUCGUUGGGAUUACAAUGUUUUUGUAAUGCUAGCAAAUUUUUCGUUGGGCCAAGCAAUGAUUUUAAAAUUGUAGUUAAUAAUGCAACUAUUUGAAUUAACGUUGAUAAUUUCUUCAUUAUUAAUAAGUAAAUCCGCCGCUUCGAGAGCUUUUUUUGUCAAAAAUGUUGAUUAUAUAGUUGGAGUUUUUAAAGACGAUCGCAUGAAUCAAGAUCAGGUGACUUUUAUAAGUCAAGGGGUUUUGGUCAGUCACAAUAUCGUUUUUACAAAUUCAAAGAACAUAGAAAAGGACAUGACUUUGAAAGUUCGUCUCUACCAUUGGCAUAAAUCUUUUUUAAUUAACACUAAUCACAAAGCAGAAGAAUCUGAUUUUGAACAACGAUUAGCUGCACCUGAUGAGUUUGGUAUUUUUAGAGAAGCCAAAGUAGUUACUAUAUUACUGGACGAACCUUUCAAUAAUGUAAAGACUAUUUCUAAUCAAGGAGUUCCACAAAAUUACUUAUUUGAUGAAAAUCCAAAAUGUAUACUCAUGAAACUUAAAUUCAAAACAAAAUCUCGUUCUGAUGUACAAGAAGUUUUCAUGAAACAAAAAGAAAUAAAACCUCACAGAAAUGUAAGACCUUACAAAUGUGAUUCGAAUUUAUUAUCAAAACUUGUUGAAAAUCCGGAAGCGACUAGUAAUUAUUAUUGUGUUGACGAAGUUGGAAAAUCUAAUUGCAAUAAUCAUGAGGGAUCUGCACUCGUUUGUCAGGAUCGUGAGAGCCCAGAAUCUUAUUUUGUCGCUGGAGUUAACGUUGCAAAUGAUAAUUGUAAAUACAUUUUUGAAAAUGUAUUAGUAUUCAGACAAUAAUAUUGACGAUAGUUUUGUAGGAUAUAAAUAUAAAUAUAAUAAAAAAAUUUGGUAGAAAUAGGAAAAACUUAUUCAAAUUUCUUAUUGAA